AUGGAAGGUGAGACUCCGGAUGGUGUGUGUCGGCAGCGCUCAUUGCCUGUCCAAGAAGAUUCACCAAUCGGAAGUGGCGUUGGUCAGUCACCGUUCAAGCGGAUUGGCGACUGUUCGUCUGCAGAUGAAGCCAUUGAAACACCUCUGGCGAGUGAUCUUGAAAUCGACCGUUGUCCUGCCGAGAAGAUGCGCCCAGGAACGGACUACGUUCCUACAUUUUUGGAGAGCUCUGUUCAGGGUCUCUCUCCGACCCUAACCAAUUUCAUCGUCCGAAUCUUCAUGUCUGUCAACAUGAUAGGCGGAUUUCUGUUUAUGAUAUAUCUUGGACCCCUCGCUUUAGUUCUUCUAGUUCUUGGUUUGCAAUUGGCGUGCUUUAAGGAGCUAAUCAACAUCGGUCAUCUCGUUUAUCGAAUACACAACCUCCCGUGGUUCCGAACCCUCUCGUGGAUGUUCCUCUUCACGUCGAAUUACUUCUUCUUCGGCGAAAGCCUCAUCGGUCGUUUUCGCAUCCUUCUCGCGAAAGAGGACUUUCUCGCCCCCUUGGUGGUGCAUCACCGAUUCAUCUCGUUCACUCUCUACUGCGGUUGCAUUGUCGCCUUCGUUCUGAGCCUCGUUCGACGGCAUUAUCUAAAGCAGUUUACACUGUUUGGGUGGACGCACGUCUCCCUCCUCAUCAUUGUCACCUCGUCGCACUUCAUGAUUCAAAGCAUUUUCGACGGUCUCAUCUGGUUCCUCGUGCCCGUUGCCAUGGUGAUCUCCAACGACAUCUUCGCCUACGUCUUCGGCAUGCUCAUGGGCCGAACCCCGCUCAUCAAGGUGUCGCCGAAGAAGACGUGGGAGGGCUUCAUCGGCGGGGGCAUCUCGUCGCUGCUCCUGGGCGUCGUCAUCUCGUGGCUGAUGAUCGACAAGAAGCACUUCAUCUGCCCCAUUGAAUACGACGACCGCGUCGGUGCCGUCUCCAUGGACUGUGUGCCCGACGCGAUCUUCAUACCUCGAGCGUACAACGUCUCGCGUUGGUUGUUCUUCCUGCCGAUGAAGCAGGUGUCCUGGUACCCGUACUACUUCCACUGCAUCAUGAUAGGCGCCUUCAUCUCCAUCGUCGGCCCGUUCGGCGGCUUCUUUGCCAGCGGCUUCAAACGCGCCUUCAAGAUCAAGGACUUUGGCGACGUAAUUCCCGGCCACGGUGGGAUCCUCGAUCGUUUCGACUGCCAGAUCCUUGUCGGGUGGUUCGUCCUCUUCUAUUAUAAUUCCUUUGUCAAACCAAUGACUCCAAGUUACCUCCUCCAGCAGGUCUUCGUCCUGCCCCAACUGGAGCAGCUGGGUGUGUUGAACCUCUUCCUGGACGGCCUUCUUCGACGCGGUCACGUGCCACGUGACCUUGCGGAGCCUCUCAUCCAGUUUGGCGAGAGCAUCAAACAGCAGACCGCGGAGGUGCCUUGA